ACCAUGACAUCACCAAAGGUCCUUUCGCACACUAGGAUGUUCCAGACUCUGGCAUGUAGCGGAGGCAUGGUCGUGACGUCAUCACAGGUCCUUUCGCCCAGCAGGCUGUAGGCUGCCACAUCUCCUGUCCCAGCCGGCAGUCGCCCGUGCGCCCACGUUGCAGCUGUCGUGAUUGUGCAGCUCAGGAUCUGCUGACGCCAUGGACUGUGACAUCAUGGAGAAUGACAUUCUGGAGGCGCUGGAGGAUUUAGGAUACAAAGGUUCCUUGAUGGAUGAAGGAGCCUUGAUCCAAGCUGCCGCCCAAGGAGCUCUUUCCCCAGAAUAUACCAAGCUGUGUGCUUGGCUUGUAACAGAGCUAAGGUUGUUCUGCAAAUUGGAAGAAAACGUAGAAGCAACGAAUAGCCCUGCCGAAGCAGAAGGGUUCCAGUUAGAAAUGAGUGGCCUACUGACUGAGAUGAACUGUCCAUAUACAUCUUUGACAUCUGGAGAUGUCACCAAACGUCUUCUCGAUAAGACUAACUGUCUUCUCCUCCUGACGUAUUUGAUAUCGGAACUUGAGGCUGCAAGAAUGCUGUGUGUAAAUAUACCUGCAAAAAAAGAGCAAGAUGGUGGCAGUGACGUCUUCAAGGAGCUCAAGACAAUAUGUAUGACUCUCGGAAUGUCCAAGCCUCCAGCCAAUAUAACUAUGUUCCAGUUUUUCAGUGGAAUUGAGAAAAAAUUAAAAGAAACUUUAGCAAAAGUGCCACCUAGUCAUUUAGGAAAGCCUCUCCUAAGCAAGACGUUGGGGCCAUCUCACUGGGAGAAAAUUGAAGCAAUUAACCAAGCCAUAACCAACGAGUAUGAAGUCCGGAGGAAAAUGUUAGUGAAACGUCUGGAUGUGACCGUGCAGUCUUUUGGCUGGUCAGAAAGGGCAAAGAGUCAUACUGAAAAGCUGGCAAAGGUUUACCAGCCGAAGCGUGCAUCCUUAUCAUUGAAAAGCUCAAUUUCUGUGGCCCACCUGCUGGCAGCUCGGCAUGAUCUUUCAAAAAUCCUGAAAACUAGUAGCGGUUCAAUCCGGGAGAAAACUGCUUGUGCCAUUAAUAAGGUUUUAAUGGGAAGAGUUCCUGAUAGAGGUGGUAGACCAAAUGAAAUAGAGCCUCCUCCCCCUGAAAUGCCCCCUUGGCAGAAGAGACAAGAUGGACCCCCACAAGGUGGUAGAGGUGGAGGACGAGGUGGUUAUGAACAGUCUUACAGUGGUCGAGGUGGCUAUGAACAUGGUGGUGGUCGGGGUGGCUAUGAACAUGGUGGCGGCCGAGGAGGCUAUGAACAUGGUGGCGGCAGAGGAGGCCAUGACCAUGGUGGCGGACGAGGUGGCUAUGAACAUGGUGGUGGUCGAGGAGGCUAUGAACAAAGCGGUGGUCGUGGUGGAGGACGUGGAGGCUAUGAUCAAGGUGGUAACAGAGGAGGAAGAGGAAGCAAAGUUCAAGGAGGAUGGACAGAUGCUGGUGGCAGUAAUACUGGGGGGCACUAUCAAGACAGUGGCUAUAGAGAUUCUGGAUUUCAAAGUGGUGGAUACCAAGGUAGUGGUGGAUACCAAGGUGGUGGUUAUCAAAAUUCAGGCACUUACCAAGGAGGAGGAGGAGGAGGAUACGGUGGCUAUCAAGGCUCAUCCUACUCUGGAGGUGGAUUUCAGGGUGGAGGCUAUCAACAAGACAACAGAUAUCAAGAUGGUGGCCAUCAAAAUGACCGAGGAGGUGGCCGUGGAGGUGGCAGAGGAGGUCGAGGUGGCCGAGGUGGAAGAGGAGGACAUGGUGGUGGUUGGGGUGGUCGUGGGGCACAGAGCUAUAACCAAGGGGGUCAAUUUGAGCAGCACUUUCAGCAUGGAGGCUAUCAAUAUAAUCAAUCUGGUUUUCAACAAGGAAGGCACUACACCAGUUGAGCUUAUUCCAUCUAUGAUCACAGUAGAGCUCAGGUAAUAUGAGUGAUGCAUUGAUCAGAAAAGGUUUUGUUUUUUUCAUUCAGAUCAGUUGAAAUAUAGUCAACUGCAUGUGUGGAGUAAAUAAAAUCUCUAAAAAAUUAA